AUGUCAGAGCAAAGCAGAGCAGAUACAAAGGCCGCUCGCCCCAGCAACUUGACACGGACCCUCACUCCCGGCGUUCCUUACGAAGAUACUGAUUUCCUGAAGAACCAGCUUCAGAAGCAGGACCACAACAACUUCCACUCGGAUUCACUUCGGCAGUUCAAAGUAGGGAAGAUGGUGUCCCAGCCUGUAAACAAGACCGCUCUUCACCCUUCGGGUGUCCAGCCUCAGCCAGAGCACACCGAGCUCGAGGAAGAACUCCACGAGCGAGCACACAUCGACUACGACCGCGUCUCGAUCAUUGCCAACCCUUCCGUCCCUGCCCUCUACGAAGAUGCUCUCGUCUACGAGACUGGGUCUGCCAUGACCUCGAGCGGUGCGCUUUCAGCCUACUCCGGAGCAAAAACAGGACGAUCACCGUCAGACAAGCGUAUUGUGCAAGAGGAAAGCUCUGAAAAGGAGGUUUGGUGGGGACCGGUCAAUAAGCCCAUGAGUACCGAUGUUUGGCGUAUCAACCGCGAGCGUGCCAUUGACUACCUGAACACGAGGAACCGCAUCUAUGUCGUAGACGGCUACGCUGGAUGGGACGAGCGCUACCGGAUCAACGUGCGUGUGGUCUGCGCUCGAGCUUACCAUGCUCUCUUCAUGCGCAACAUGCUCAUCCGGCCUUCUCGGAAAGAGCUCGAAAGCUUCCAUCCUGACUACGUGAUCUACAAUGCCGGUGCGUUCCCGGCCAACAGAUAUACCAUGGGUAUGACCUCAUCUACAUCGGUCGCCAUCAACUUCGCGGAGAAGGAGAUGGUCAUUCUCGGUACUGAAUACGCCGGCGAGAUGAAGAAGGGAAUCUUCACUGUCCUCUUCUACGAGAUGCCAGUCAAGCACGACGUCCUCACUCUGCACUCUUCUGCCAACGAGGGUAAAGACGGAGACGUGACAGUCUUCUUCGGCCUUUCGGGAACCGGCAAGACCACCCUCUCCGCUGACCCGAAGCGUGCCCUCAUUGGUGACGAUGAGCACUGCUGGAGUGACAAGGGUGUAUUUAACAUCGAAGGCGGCUGCUACGCCAAGUGCAUUGGUCUCUCGGCUGAGAAGGAGCCCGAUAUCUUCAAUGCCAUCAAGUUCGGUUCUAUCCUUGAGAACACUGUCUUCGACCCAGUUACCCGUGUUGUCGACUACGACGACGCGACACUGACCGAGAACACUCGCUGCGCCUACCCAAUCGAGUACAUCGAGAACACCAAGAUUCCAUGCCUGUCGCAGAACCACCCAUCGAAUAUCAUCCUGCUGACCUGCGAUGCUCGUGGUGUGCUCCCACCUAUCUCGAAGCUCACCAAGGAGCAGACCAUGUUCCACUUCAUUUCCGGCUACACUUCAAAGAUGGCUGGUACCGAGGACGGUGUGACCGAGCCUCAAGCGACCUUCUCCUCUUGCUUCGCUCAGCCCUUCCUAGCCCUGCACCCAAUGCGCUACGCCAAGAUGCUCGCGGACAAGAUCGACCAGCACAAGGCCAACGCCUGGCUGCUCAACACCGGCUGGGUCGGCGCUGGCGCCACCACUGGCGGCAAGCGCUGCCCCCUGAAGUACACUCGUGCCAUCCUCGACUCCAUCCACAGCGGCGAGCUCGCAAAGGUCGAGUAUGAGACUUACGAUGUAUUCAACCUCAACGUGCCCAAGACGUGCACGAACGUGCCGGAUGAGCUGCUCAAUCCGAAGAAGAGCUGGACCGGAACCGCAGACUUCAGCGGGGAAGUGACAAAGCUCGGCGAGCUGUUUAACGAGAAUUUCAAGAAGUAUUCUGACGAGGCGACGGAUGAGGUGAUUAAGGCCGGGCCGCAGACUUGA